GCAAGUGGCCGCUUACCUCCCCGCGGGAUUUUCUCCACCUCGCGAUUUCUCCAUUUUUUAUCUCCGCCUCCGAGCCGCGAAAUCCGAUCCCCGAGGACGGCUAAGCGAUCUACGCGAGGGAGAGUUGCAGCGGAAAUUUUGGUUUCGCCGGAAUCGCCGGGGGGAUUCCGCGAGGCCGGUUUUCGGCGUGAUCCCUGUCAUACCGACGAUGGGUCACGAGCCGGGCAAGUGGCACGCGCGUGCCCGGCUGUUCGAUUCCUCGAGUGAAAUGUGAAUGAGUUCGAAGAUCGAAUGAUUCACGCGGCCUACGCGAUCCACUACGUGGCGGUUCACCCUCCAGUAAGCAGUCGAACGGAUCAGUUCCUUAUUAAUUGGCCGUCCUUGAAGCCGCGGGCACAUCCUGGCAUCGCGUCGCAUAAUCUUCCGGUCCAAUGGUCGAAUUUCGUCUCGCGUGUGGCGAACCAGGCGCUUACCGUUUCGCCACAGCCGGCAGUAACGGUGGAGGGGCCGGUGUCGAAAAUGUCUCCACCAACGAACGACGUGACUAACGGGGUGGUGGCGCCGCCGGCUACGUUGGCGCCCAGGGUGCCGUCCACCACUAACCCGGACAUGACCAUCAACUCGCCCACGCGGAAGCGCACCCCGAAGGACUUCAUCUUUGGCAAGGUCAUCGGCGAGGGAAGCUUCUCCACCGUUUACCUCGCCAAGGACAUUCACACCAGCAAGGAGUACGCGAUCAAGGUGUGCGAGAAACGGCAUAUCAUCAAGGAGAAGAAGACCGAGUCGGUGACGCGGGAGAAGGAAGUCCUCAACAUGCUCUCCGGGGCGAAGCACUCCUUCGUAAAGCUCUUCUGCACCUUCCAAGACCCGGAGCGACUCUACUUCGUCCUCUCGUACGCGAAAAACGGCGACCUCCUGACCUACAUCAACAAGGUCGGCUCGUUCGUCGUCGAGUGCACCAGAUUCUACUCGGCGGAGAUCCUGAGGGGGCUGGAGUACCUUCACGGCCUCGGGAUCAUCCAUCGAGACCUGAAGCCGGAGAACAUCCUGAUGGACGAGAGGAUGCACGUGCUCAUCACCGACUUUGGCAGCGCCAAGAUCCUGAAGAACGAGCUGGAGCAGAGGCCGGUCCGAGCCAGCUAUCCCACGGUCAGGACGGAGACGAUGGAUGGCGACGAGGAGCAGCUGAACCAACUGCGGCUGCGGAAGGAGUCGGGGUGCAGGCGUAGGAACUCGUUCGUAGGGACGGCGCAGUACAUCUCGCCGGAGCUCCUGUCCGAUAAGACCGUCAGCAGGGCCUCGGACCUCUGGGCCCUGGGGUGCAUCGUCUACCAGAUGGUCUCCGGGUUGCCGCCCUUCUGGUCCAGGAGCGAGUACAUGACCUUCCAGAAGAUCCUGCAGCUCAAGUACGAGAUCCCGGCCGGGUUCUGCGAGCUGGCCAAGAGCCUGGUGAGCGAGCUGCUGGUGGUCGAUUCCACCCAGCGACUGGGCGCCCAGGACGAACACGGGUCCGGCUAUCCCAGCAUCCGAGCCCACCCCUUCUUCGAGGGGGUCGACUUCGAGACCCUCCACGAGCAGACCCCACCGCCGAUCUAUCCGUACCUGCCCGGAACCUCGGAGCACGAGGAGCUGCGCUCCCAGUACAGGGUGCCGGACCAUCUCGAGCCAGGCCUGGACGACAAACAGCUGACCAGGUUGCUCGGCCUCGGCAUCGGCCAGGACAGCGACGAGGAACGGAGCGAACCCCCGCCGGUCGUUGCGGCGGUCGUCGAGCAGCCCAGGCGGAAGAAGACCUCCGGCAUCUUGGACAUCUCGCCGGAGGAGAUGAGGGCUAGGCUCGAGAAGCAGAAGGCCUCCAACCAGUGGGACUGUUUCGUAGACGGCAACCUGAUUCUCAAGCAAGGAUUCGUCAACAAGAGGCGCGGUCUCUUUGCCAGGCGGAGGAUUCUGCUCCUGACCACCGGGCCGCACCUCUAUUACGGCGACCCCGUCCUGAUGGUCCGCAAGGGCGAGAUACCCUGGAGCCCCGAGCUCAGGGUCGAACCCAAGAACUUCAAGAUCUUCUUCGUCCACACGCCGAACCGGACCUACUACCUCGAAGACCCGGAGGGCUUCGCCCUGGAAUGGUCCAGAGCCAUCGAGGAGGUGCGAGUCCACUAUUUCGGAACUCAGGAGUCGAGCGCUUGAAGGAAACACCCGAUACGUGGAGAAGAUGGAGGUGUCCCGAGUUGGACGAGCGACAUCCCCAUUAGAGACGAAGGAGAGACCUAGAAGACGGACAACCCGACAUUGACACGGUAAAAUUCCGCGAGCGGAGGUCGUCGUUCACUCGGCCCAGCGUCCUGCCGACGAGAGGGCCUUUGUUUCCAUAUCUCAUUGUCCCCGGGCCGGGAAAACGCGGAGUAUAGGAAAAUUUAAUGGAUUGCCGCGCGGCGUUGGGACGUUCCCUCGGUCCCGUGUCGGUUCGCGACCCCGAAGAGGCCUCGACGAGGACGGUGGCGCGGACGGUCUUUUAGGGAAUUUAUCUAGGAAACGUUUUAGGAUGUCGGAAAACACACCGCGCCUGCCUUUUUGAUGCGAGGCCUCUUCGACCCGAUCCUCGCUGCAUAUCCUGUUUCCUCGCCCUAGUAAAUUCAAAGAUAGGAAAAAAAUGCGUCCAAUGAAUCUCGCAGCGAGGCUCGAAUCGACACGGGAUGCGCGGGACUCGGAGCUGGGGGAAACGAAGGGCUAGGGAAAUUCUAGGAUACCGGGUCGAGGGAAAGAUAUACGACCCCCCCAAGGAACUCGGCAAUACCUUCUAGUUAGCUAAUCAAAGUUAGAGUUAAUUUUUCGCUGUAGGCGAAUCGCGAUUCCGUGGGGGAGAGGAGACGUUUAGAGGCGCUCCUUUGGCCCGGUUCUCGGCCAUCUCCGCUUCCGUAUUCCUUCUGUAAAUAGUAGUUAUAUAUUUAUAUAGGCGGUACGUAGCUGUAAUGAAAACGAGGGGAGAGCAGGUUCCGGUCAGACCCGCGAAUUCUAGAUUUUUGCGACCGUUGCGAUAUCUGGUCGGAGCUUGCUCCUAGAUGGCACCCUAUAGCGAUUCCUUGACCAGGGCUUUGCAAUGACCAAUUCCUAUUUAUCGUUUCCUUCCGAAAGAGACUCGAAAGUUCUCGUUAUAGCUGACCAAUUCUUAAUUUAUUAAUUUCACUGGCUUAAUUCGAGGGUAUAGUUGCCCACCGUGGCCGCACUGCCGCCUCUCCAACGCCUCCAUUCCGACGAUUCCUAUGAUUCCUACCAUACAUCUACCAUGUACCUAUCGAGAACCUAACCACUAUAGGUCCUAUUUCCGCCCUCCUGCGAAACUACCGUCACCGUUAACGACAAACCGUGCCGUGCGACCGCAGGCGUCUCUGCCUUACCAUCGUUACCGCGACCACUAUUAAUUACCGAAUGCUAUUAUACCCACUAUAUUAUAGUACUGUACUGGUGUUAUCGUACCGUCGCCUACUGUACUUACUCGUCGGUGCCGUAUCGCGCGUCCCUAGUUCUAACUAUAGUUGUUCCGAGGAACCGGCGGGAGUCGGCCGCCUCUCCCGCUCGCGUAUUCGUUCAUUCGUUCGUUCGUUCGUUAAUUUAUUAUUUCCGCGUCGCGAUUCGACGUAUCUAGGAAAGUUAGGAAAGUUAGGAAAGUUAGGAAGUACCGUUAGAAACCACUGCUGUCACCAUUGCGAGAAUAGGAUAUCACUAGCGUCUAGUGUCUAAUGCAUAGUUGUCGCCGCACCUGCCGAGCGACGCUGCUACCCCCUCCCCACGACUAUAUGUAAUAACGGAUACGAAACGGCCGAUAGUCGUCGCCGUCGACGUAGCCGACGCCUGAGAUAAGCGCUCGAUAACGCGACAUGCGUACGUCGCGCCCUCGAGCCGCCGCCGAGCCAACCACUAAGAGUCGCCCGUCCACUUUUUGUACAUAGACAACGUUCAUUUCCUGCCGUGUAUGGGGUAUAUACAUAUGUAUGUCUUUCUUGUGGAUAUUCGUACACAUAUAUAUGUAUAUACGUAUUUAUAUUUAUAAACUGUGAAUAGUAGUUAGGCUUGUACAUAUAGAGACGUCCGUGUAGGGUAUCGUUAGGUUAUCGAGUUAAGUCGACGACCAUCCGUUGUACAUAGAAUGUAUCGUUUACCGCGUUUUUUUUUUUUUUUUUCGUAUAAUAGGCGGGCGCGAAUAUAGUGGCUCGGCGGCACUGCAGCGCCGCCCCCUUAAAUGACGGCGAGCCGAAGACUUAAACAGGGUAUCCGAAGACCCCGGAACCUCGGCGCCGACUCGACGGGCUCUAGGUUUGCGUGUCCGAAGAAAUCGUCCCGACGCCUGGGUCGGUGGUUUGGUGCGAUAGGGCGUCGCGACGAUUGUCCCCGGUACCCAGCGGCUCUGUCCAAAAUGACCGCUUUUGGCGGGCUGCGAAAGGCGCGGGCGGACCGAGGAGGGCCCACCGAGGACGGCGCCAUCUUGCCGGGCUUCGUUAGAUGUAAUUUAGUGAGAUUUAACGCCGUCUAGGAGGCGGCACCACUGGGCUUGCGCUACGGGGACGGCGGAAUAUUCACCGCGUCCGCUCCCGCGGGCUUCCAGCUGCCAUAGGAUAGUUUUUUUUUUUUUUCUUCGUUCUCUUCCUGGCCUAGAUGAUAAUUCGCUACGAGCUGGGAGUUCGAAGGAUCGGCUCGGCUGCCGUUUUCUAAAUCCGCCGAUAUGUCUCCUGCGUUUUAUGCAGGUCUCUCUUAAAUAGUUGGACCUACGGCGGAGUCGGAAUAGAACUGAGAGUAUUGUGUUCUUGAGCCGCCUCGGCGGUUGUGCGCGGCGUGGCGAUUGUACGAUAUGGGUAGAUAUAUUAGGCUUAAUAUAGAUAGAUAUUAGGUAAUUAUAUUUAAUAAUUUAUACGGUGUUACUGCGUGUGUAUGUGCGCGUGUUUGUGGGGGAGAGAGAGAGAAAGUGGACUGAAUGAGGAUCGCGCGAGAGGGUGAGUGGUACCUAAGCAUAUAGUAGGUGAGAAUUACUUAAGGCGGAUCAUCUAGAAUAAUUACUACAGUUACUAUAGUUACACUACAACGUGUCCUCGCGAUGCAAGCAAUAACAGCGAAGCCUUGCACUAUCCACCGUUGCCUAUUGUUUCAAUGAGAGGUUUUACGCGGAAAAGAAAGAAACUUCUCCAACUAUUAAGCGCAGUAUUACUAAAUGUACGUAGCAGUCGACAUGUAGGGAAUACGUUUCACCUGGACACCCUGUAUACCACGCGUAGGUCGUACACAAUGAUUCGGCGGUACCGUGCCCCCCGUUAAAAUAGCGAUGUAUCCAAAAGUCACUUACAUACACACGUUACAGAUACACGAGAAUUCGAGGAAGACAAAACGUUGUAAAUAGUUAGUUCCUGGUGGUACUGGCGAUAAAGCAAACCCUAUUAAGCUGUCUCAGAUUUAUUUAUAGUAAACUUUUUCCGAAACAUCG